CCCUGAUCACUGAUCUUGUGAUGAGUGUGCGUUCGUUUGUUGUGAGCUUGUAUUUGUGUAUGUCUUGUGUCUUACUGUCUUCCCAAAUCCCAAAUAAUACGCGUUCUCUAGAAAGUUUCAAGUAACCUGUUUGUUAUUUUUAAUUUUUAUUUAAAAUUUAAAGGUAUUUUCAUGUAGGAAAGAAAAUAUUUUAUUGGAAUAGUGAUACUAGAUAUUGAUGUUUUUAUAGUUCUGUGAUUAUGCUUGAUGCUCGCGAUAUUUGUAUUUUACACUGAGAUGACAGGAGUAAAAAGUGAUUUUGGUUUGACUUUCAGAUUCUAUUUUUUAACAUUGUCUAAAUUCUUUGUUUUGAAUUAGUUAGGCUAUGUCUCAUUUGAUAUUAUAAUAUAAUGUUGAACUAAGUUAUAGGUACUUCGUCAAAUUGAAGGCCACAGGUAUCUAAAUCAUAGAUCACUUUAACUUACCUAUAAAAUAUUCAAUUCAUGAUUGCUCAUUCAUUUUUAGUGAAAUGGACUCAAAUUCUCAAGCAAAACCAGUUAACCCUCUUCAUGAUGGGUCAAACGUAGCAUUUGGUACUCGUAGUGGUAUAUGUACUGGUGUAGAAUCUGGAUAUGGUCGAAUCAUACCAAAAACACCUGAAUUCCAAGGUAGAUCUUUUCCUGUUAACUCAUCAACAAAUUUGAACAACUCUGCUGAGAUGAUGGCAAGCAGUGGCUCUCGUUCUGUACCUGCUAGUACAGUUGUUUCUCCUGUAAGAACAUUUCCAGAUAGAAAUAGAUCACAUGAAGUCCAGCACAGAUCUCUGGGCGCUAUUGAGAGUUUCGUGAUGGAGGCUUCAAGUCAACAGGUUGGGAAAGCACCGCAGAUUCAAGAUUACAAACAUUAUGAGAGAGGAAAUAUUAUUGCAGCCUCCAAGUUUGCAACCCCAAAACCGGUUGAGAAUAUUACAGUAAGUUUGAGUAAUGUUGCAAUUAAUGAAAAGCAUAACGAUAUUCCAAACAGAUUGCAUCACACAAACCAGAAUGGAGGAAUGAUAGAUCACAAUAAAUAUUAUAGUUCUUACUUGAUGAAACCGGGGGCAGUGAGCCCUACGCACAGUCACAGCGGCUCAAGUCGAGAAUCGAAUAGUCCGCGGGCGAGUAUGGCGGCAGCACCUGUUUCACACAACUACGAGUACAAAGCCAACAGUCCUUCGCCACUCUAUGAGAACAUAGACUAUUACAAUGCACGCACCUCAGCCCCGCCCUACUACCACCAACUUCCACAGACACAUUCCAGUUAUGGCUCAUCAGACUCAAAGCAUUCCAGCCCCAGGGCAAGCUAUGUCGCCACCGAUGACGCAACAUUCCGCAAAGCACAACCUCAAGUACCUUCUGGGGUCAAGUACAAACCGAAAGAAUACCCGCCCUACGAAGCCCCACCGGUCUAUGAGAACAUCCAGGACAUCAGUAAGGUCAACUACGAGCCAGCCAAACCAGGACCCCAGGUCGCUUCACACAAUGAACAGAGGCAUUCUGUUGUGGCUUCCAUGCCGUACACUCCGCCCUCAUUCCCAGCCAGCUACUCUAGCGGGCCGCCAAUCAUGCAUUCCAAUUCAUCAGCUGGGCAAGUGGUGGCCAUCGACAGUCGGCAACCACAACAACAACAACAACAAUAUUUCCAGGCGACGACUGUUGUGAGCACAGCUGUUCCCCUAUCAGUCGUCACUUCUGGACAAACUUCGUUGGCGACCAGUUAUCAGAGAGGGACCAUGUCUGGCAUCGCUGGGAGCAUCAGUCCUGUUUCGCAGAGCCAGAAUCCACCCAGUCCUACGCCGUCAGCCAAAAUCAAAGCCAUGGCAGGCAGCGGCAAGAAUCUUCUUCCGUACAACAUCACUCCACCACGCCCUAUGGGCCCCACUGAAGCAGAGAGAAAAAUUGAAGAACUCACCAGACAAUUAGAGGAGGAAAUGGAGAAACAAGAAGAGGAAGGAGAAUAUUUCGGCAUUUGCCACACGUGUGGAGAGAAGGUGACAGGCGCAGGACAGGCGUGUCAGGCGAUGGGCAACCUCUACCACACCAACUGCUUCAUCUGCUGCUCGUGUGGCCGGGCGCUCAGGGGCAAGGCCUUCUACAACGUGCACGGCAGAGUCUAUUGCGAGGAGGACUAUCUGUAUUCAGGGUUCCAGCAGACGGCUGAGAAGUGUGCUAUCUGUGGCCACCUUAUCAUGGAAAUGAUCCUCCAAGCCAUGGGCAAGUCAUAUCACCCAGGCUGCUUCCGGUGCUGCAUGUGUAACGAAUGUCUGGACGGCGUCCCCUUCACCGUAGAUGUAGAUAAUAAAAUAUAUUGUGUCAACGACUAUCACAGAAUGUUUGCGCCAAAGUGCGCCGCCUGUGGCAAGGGCAUCACACCAGUCGAGGGUACUGAGGAGACCGUGCGUGUAGUAUCAAUGGACAAAGACUUCCAUGUAGAUUGUUAUAUAUGUGAGGAAUGUGGUAUGCAGCUAACUGACGAGCCUGAUAAGCGUUGUUAUCCUCUGGAUGGCAGAUUAAUGUGUAGAGCGUGUCACUUGAAUCAUCAACCUCGACCAUUACAGAGUGUUCCUGCUAGUUACCAUUUGGGCUGAAGAUUAUUAUCAUAAUUUCUAAAAAUCAUCAUACAGUAAUUUUCACUUUGUAAACUAUUAGGCUAUAUUUGGAUGUACGGUAACUUAUUGAAUAGACAAUUAUGAUGAACUGUGUUAUCAUAACAUUAAUGCUCACAGAGAUCUGAUUAAUUGACUCAAUUAGCUUUUGUAAUAUUUUCUUCAUCCAAUUGUUGGUCCCUUUGUUUUUAAUUCAAUGAAUUAAUGUAGUAAUUCAGAUAUUCACUACAUGGAUCCAUUGAACCCUAUGUGAAAAAUCGUAUAAUAAUAAUUUGAUACAUGCAAAUGUUCAAUUCAAGUGUAAAAACGGUUUUUCAAAUUUAUAUUUGUAUUUAGUAUUUUUUUUUUUAAUUAAAUGAUGAAUGAGAGUAAGUUGAUGUAACUUGUAUCAAGUAAGAUUACUUUUGUUGGAUUUUAAAAAUGAUUUUCUUUUGCUCUUUCGAUCGGAUUUAAAUGAAUGAUUUUUUUUAUUCAAAUAUUUUGUAAUUUACAAUUAUUCAUACCUUUAAACAGGUUUUAUUUUGUGGUAAACUGAAUCAUUUUAUUUUCACAUUUUUUGUCAUUGAAUGUUUUGAAUAAACAUUAUUUAAUUUGGAUGAAGAAUCCUUCAUAGAUAUGGCUUUAUUGAAGUAAUUCAUUAGCAAACUGAAGAGAUCAGUGUUAAUCAAUCAUAGUUCAAUAAAUAGCUUAUUUAUUAAAUGUACUCCUUGAGAAAGAAAGAUAAUUAAAGUAACUAUUUCUGAUGCUUCGGGAUCUACUGUUUUUGUAUAUUUAUAUUUACUUGUCUUAGCCAAUAUUAAUAAAAAUAUGUUCAUCAUGAUUUAUAGAUCAUUCUGUGAAUGAUUUUCAAUUUUAAUCGUAUAGAUUUUCAGCUAAAAACUUUCAUAGUACUGUAUAUAAUUAUUAUUUAUAUUUAAUACUGUAUUAUUAAACAAACUUUUCCUUGCUCAUAUUUCUACAUCACUGUUAUUAUUUGUGAUCUUUGAAUCAUAUAUACAUACUUCACAAUGUAAAACUGGAUAUGUAUAAUGUAUAUUAAUAACUCAAACAAUAUUAUUCGUGUAAGUUGUAUCUCAAUAUCAGUUCACAAAAAUCAAUAAUUAUUAAUAACUCAAUAUUAAUUAUUACUAUUAUUAUAUUCAACAUGAAAUAUGCCGAAUAACUGGCAUAAUUGAUACCAAACCAAUGAUUUUAAAACUCAAAUUAUAAUCUUAAUAGCUAUUCCAGUGCUUCCAUAAACUAACUAUGCUGUUCAAUAUAAUAGUACGUGUUCAAUCUUGAAGUAAGGAAGAGUUCCAAGCUUUAAUGAAUUAUUGUAGAAAUAAUAUGUUAUACUUGAUUUUUGACAUUAAAUUCAUACGAUUUAAAUGAAUGAACAGCUAUGUUGCAAUAAGUAUAUUUCAAAUAAGGAAAUUAUAGAACUCCCCUCUCUUUGAAAGUAGAGUUCUAAAACUAGAUAAAUUCACCGGUUAGUAGUCUUAUUAUUUCUCCGCUAGUUUCGAACAAAGAAUUUCUUGUUCAGUAAUUUAAAACAACAUUUCUCAUGUUACUCUGACCUUAUAUUUAUUUUACUUAAUUUAUUUUACUAUUGACUUUCAACUAUUUCCAAUCUUGAUCUUUCUCCUAUUCAUUCACCUUCUGGGGGUUUCCUGUAAUUAGUAAAUAAUAACAAUAUAGAAGGAAGAGUUUAGAAGAUUUUGUUUACAAUUAUCAACAAAGCACAAGCAUCCAUUAUAUAGCAUCGUGUCUUAUGUUUUUAAAUUAUGUCGUUAAAUAAUAAUUUUUCAAUUAUUGAUGGUGAUAAGUUGUAGAAAGUACAAAGAACGAUUUUCAUCAUGAAGGUGAUGAUAUAUUUUAUUUUGAGAUGGAAACCAUUCCAGAAUCACCCCCGCCGCCACUGAUACAACUUUUUAGAUUUAAUUCAUAUUAAAUAGCUGCUGUGAUAAUUUAUUGGUAACAAUUACUUUUUAAAUUAGUUAUUUUAAUAAACGUACAACACGCCGAGAAAUUUUUAAGAUAUCUUAGAUAAAGACAAGUUUUAUUUUACUCAUAUUUAUGAUAAUUUUGUGGGAAAUUAUGAUAGUGUAUACUAUAACAUUGUAGAAGUAUAUUGCUUAAUUUGCAUGAUUUAUUUCGAAAGCACAAUUUAUGAAACUUUCUAUUCAAAAUGUGAAUAUAUUUGAGAAACUACGAAUAAAUGAGUAUUAUUAAAAAA